ACGUUGAGGUUGUUUUGUUGAUUACUGGAAAUUCGUGUUGGCUUGUUUCCGACUGGAAUUGCUUGCAACGAAAAAGUAAACAUUGCAAGACGUGUUCAUUUCUCAGUUCAGUUCCUGGCAAAUCAGAAAAGGGUCAAAUUUUCAAAAAGUGUUGCACGGUUACUACUUGACAAGACCAUGAAGUUGCAACAGCGUUUUUGGAAUGUGUUGAACUACAGCCAGCGUCUCUCUGAGAACAGAGAAAUUUCAUUAUAUUCCUGAUUACAAUGGAUUUCAUGAAAUGCAUCGCAAAUUCAUUUUUGGAUGGGACUUGAAAUCAUAGAUUUAUCUGUUUAUUUUGGUCGAAAAUCUCAGUAACGUAACAGUAGUUCGUAUGUCCAUAAUUUUACGCUUCACCAUGUGGCUUCGAAGGGAACUUAUGAGGUGCGUGGGGUUCGUGUUGAAACUUUUAUCAUUCAAUAAGCGUUGUUCGCUCCCAAGGACUUUAGUGCUAAUCAUUUUGCUCAGUGCUGUAUCCAGUGUCAUUUUCCUGUACUCAGUUAUGGACUCAAGCUCACGAGUUCCUCGGGCUAAUCCUCCGGUGCCGCACAUACGCUGCCAGAGGGACCCAAUGGCAGCCGAACGACCUAUCAUCGGUUCAGGAAAGCGCAGUGGAGAACAACGUCUUCGUAUCGCUCAUAGAGCUUUGCUCAUUUCUGAGAGUCUGAACUCUAGGGGUGGUCAGAAGAUUCGAUAUUUCUUGAGUUCACUGCGUAUUGAUGUGAAAGUAGAAGUUAAAACCAAAACUUUACCUACUUUAGCGAACAGGAAGUCUGGCCGUUUCGCUGUCAUUAUUUUUGAAAAUUACAAUUCUUAUUUGGACCUUGACAAUUGGAAUCGGCAACUGAUUGACAAAUACUGCCAUGACUAUGGGGUUGGCAUAAUAGGGUUUGUGAAGCCCCCAGAUGAUUCAGCAACUAGCUUUAGUCAUUUUGAAAGCUAUUUCAUGACAUUUCAGUACAAUUUAAAGCUAGAAGAUUACAAACUGAGACCUGACUCUGACAUUUGGAGAGUGACUAAACCUGGUGAAAUCUGGAAAGGGCCUCUCCCAAGCACAUGGACAGUGUUUCACAGUAAUCAUUCAACCUAUCAGUCUUUAGCCUUUUCAAAACUUUCUUCAAGUUUUUUGGAAUUUGAUACCGGUGAAGUCCUAGAUUCAUCUUUCAAGUAUGUUACUGCAGUCUAUGAUCAGGGUCAAAUUGAUGGAAUCCCUAAGAUUUUAUUGGGCUGUGAUUUGAACUUUUGGUUGCAUUCAAUGAUAGUUAUGGAUGCACUGUCGUAUUUGUCCUUUGGGAAAUUGGAGCUGACACUGGACAGAUUCAUUCAAGUUGAUGUGGAUGACAUCUUUGUUGGAAAGGUUGGGAUUCGCAUGAAAACUCCUGAUGUCCAGGCGCUCUUGGAAACACAGCAGAGACUUCAGAGAGAAGUAGAGGGCUUCCGAUUCAACCUCGGCUUCUCUGGAGGUUUUUUCCUCUCUGGAGAUGAUGAAGAAGACAAAGGAGACAGAGAGCUGUUGGAAAAUCGUAAUAGCUUCCGAUGGUUUAGCCACAUGUUUCGACAUGAGCAACCCCACAAGUUUGAUCCAGCCUAUGUUGAACAUUCCAUGAUGCUUAAUAAGAAAUUUGCUGAGGAUCAUGAUAUUCAAGUGUACGGUAUGUAUGCGGUGGCACCUCACCACUCCGGAGUGUUUCCAGUGUACGAGCCGCUGUACACGUCUUGGAAGUCUGUAUGGGGUGUCAUGGUCACCAGCACAGAAGAGUACCCAAAACUGCUGCCCUCAUGGAAGCGCCAUGGUUUUAUCCAUAAGGGGAUCAUGGUACUGCCUCGUCAGACGUGUGGCUUGUUUACCACCACUGUCUUUUCCUCCGACUUCCGCGGGGGUCUUACAGGUUUGGAUGCCAGUAUACAGGGUGGCGAAAUUUUUCAAACAAUCCUGACCACACCUAUGAGUAUCUUUAUGACUCACCUGUCCAAUUAUGGAAACGACCGACUGGCCUUGUACAUGAUGGAGAGUGUAGUGGAGUUUCUCAAGUGCUGGACAAACUUGCGCCUGCUCUCCCUGCCCCCACUUGAGAUGGGCUUCAAGUACUUUGAGCUGUAUCCACAAGACAAGGAUCCUCUCUGGACGAACCCUUGUGACUACAGUCGACAUCUCAGCAUCUGGCCAGCAAAUCGCACAUGUGAUCGUCUACCCCAAUUCCUUAUUGUUGGACCUCAAAAAACGGGCACCACUGCCCUGUACUCUUUUUUGUCUCAACAUCCAUCCAUCGUCAGCAAUCAUAAGAGCCGAAAGACUUUUGAGGAAAUCCAGUUUUUUAACACUGAUAACUACUAUUCUGGCCUUGAUUGGUACAUGGCUUCCUUCCCUUCUCCAGAAAAGCCAAAUAUGACACUGCUUUUUGAAAAGAGUGCAAAUUAUUUUGAAAACGAAAUUGUUCCAAAACGUGUUGCAGCAUUACUACCUCGAGCAAAGAUCAUUGUUCUGGUCAUGAACCCAGCCAAGAGAGCUUAUUCCUGGUAUCAGCACCAGCGAAACCACAAAGACCCAACAGCUAUGAACUAUACUUUCCAUGAGGUGGUAACGGCCAAUGAUAUGUCUCCACCCAAGCUGAGAACCCUGCGUAGCCGCUGUUUGUUACCUGGCUUGUAUGCCCAGCACCUGAUCAGAUGGCUCGACUUUUUCCCACCUAAUCAGAUCCACAUUGUCCAUAGUGAUGAGUUGCGGAAUGACCCAAUCAAUGUGAUGCAUUAUCUUCAGAAGUUCUUACAUGUCCAUCCCUACAUGGAUUACAGUCAGUACUUGAGGUAUGACCCAGUUAAAGGCUUUUUCUGUCAAGUCAUAAGUGACAAGCAGAAUAAGUGCUUAGGAAAGAGCAAAGGACAUACGUACCCUCCAAUGGGCCCUGAGGCAGAGCAGCACCUACGACAUUUCUACCGCAAACACAACAUGAACUUGUCCAAACUCCUUGCCAGUUUCAACACAGCCGUACCACAAUGGCUGCAGACGGAACUUAAGGAAGCUGUUCUGCUCAAAAAUUAAAAAUGGCAAUUAGUGAGCUAGUGAGGAAGUGACUUGUUGUUUGUUGAGUGGAAGGUUCAAGGGGUUUGUUUGAAUGUCUGCAAGAAUUUUUUGCCCUGGCUGUACAGCUUCUAUCUGUUGCAAGUGUGAAUGUUUUUGUAUGAUAAAUGUGCAUCCUGUUUCAUUUCAGUUGUAGUGACAAGUGUGAACAGGUCUAAUUCAGUUUCACGUUAUACUUUCAGAUCACGUAUCAUUUAAUCUUCUUUCUUUUUUUGCUUCAUUUGAUUAUGUGGUUGUUAUUGUGCAAUUGUAGUUAACUACAAGUUAGUGCAGUGACAGCCACAUGUCAUACGAAGAGAUGAAUAAGUACACAAGAGAGGGUUUCUUCUAGAUGUACACAUCCUUUGUUUAUUACGAUUGUUGCACAAACAUUUUCUACAACCUCUCUCUAUAUUUGUUGCACAGACAGUUGCUUUUUUUUUUUUUUACGGAAUCUUAGUACACUGUUGGAGCUUCAAAUCAAGACUUUUGUUUCGUAUUCUCAUAUAUUGUUACACCUACAGAGGCCAACAAAGUAUUACAGUCAUUCUUCUCUCCCUCCGUGGAAAAGCUUGUAAAAAUGAAUGAGUUUUCACCUGGAGUGUAUUUCCCUUUAAGCCAGCUAUGAGGUAUAUGUGUAUUGUGGAAUCAACUUGAAUGGCCGGUCUAUGUACGUUGUUUGGCUCAUGGAUCGGUCAAGUUUUGUCAGGGAUAGAUUAUUGAGACUUGCCCAUGAAGUGUUCUUUCUUACAGAUAGAAAUGCUUUAAGAAGUUAUGCCUUCUUGAUCACAAAUAAGUUAAUAAGCUUAAAUUCACAUUUUAAAAUGUAUUUUCAUGUUCCUCGCUCUAAUGCCUCUGGAUAAAAAGUGUUGUCCAUCAGCUGUUAAAAAAA